AUGGGCGAACAUAAUCUCCUUAAUCCUGGGUUUGUGGGACCUUUGGUAAACAUCCACACGGGAGACACUUUUUACUUUCCAAAUUUUAGGGCAUCCGGCGGACAACUGGCGGGGCUACCUUCCCUCUCCUACCCGAGAAGGGACAAUGUAUGCUCCCUCCCGUGGAACGCAACGGAGCACUGCAAUGGAUACCCUCAAUCUUACUUCGGAAGCCCGGUCCCCAUUAACCCUUCUUUCAACCGUUCGUGUGAAAUUACCCGGCAGGAUGACGGUAAAUGCUACUACGGCAACGGCAGCAUCAACAGGGAUAACUGUACGGAGGGCGCCAGCCUUAAACGAGAGGACAGGGCAAGAGACGCUUCCUCCAUGUCGUCCGAGCACGGACUUCACAACGGGAUGGAAAACAGUGGUACCUUCUCUAAAUAUGACUAUGGGGCCCAGCAUCUGACCCAAGACCCGCCGUCAUGUCAGUCCCUUGAAUCCGACUCUAGCUCGUCGCUGCUCAACGAAGGUGGGAAGACCCCCGCUAGCGACCCACAGACACUGGCGUCGCCAGGAAACCACGCUGUCAGCAUGGCCGCAGGAGGUGCCCCGUGGUACCCGAUCCACACCCGGACCCGCAAGAAACGCAAACCCUACUCCAAACUCCAACUCGCCGAGCUGGAGGGCGAAUUCAUGCUCAACGAGUUCAUCACCAGACAGCGACGGAGGGAGUUGUCCGACCGCCUCAAUCUUAGUGACCAACAGGUUAAAAUCUGGUUCCAGAACCGACGAAUGAAGAAGAAAAGACUGUUGCUAAGGGAACAAGCCUUGUCCUUCUUUUAG